AUGUUACGAUCGGCUGCUCCUGGGGUGAAGAGACACGCUGAAGACAAUGAAGAGGAUGAUCACCAUCCACAAGCGAUUAAGCGAGUGAAAGCCGCAUCUAAGGACGUAUCAUCUACCCAGGAGAUCAGGGUAGAUCUCCCCCAUGGUUUAGGAAGUUACAUUCCCAACCUGGAGGUCAUCGUCAGAGAUGAGAACUCGUCUCCAAACAGCUGCUCUGAUGAUUUUGCGUCGACGAGAAAGAACAUGACUGCAGAAGAUUUAGAGAAAGCUUCCAAGAGAUACCGGCGAUUAAAGAAUCCGACAACAGCGACCGUGGAUCUCAGUGAGGCAAACGAAGAGGCGAUCGACAAAGCAGGAAGCGAUCCAGAUUCAACUGACGACCUAGAUUCAGAGGACGAACAGAAGGUCGUCAAGGAGAAGGAUUAUGGACUGAUGCCAGGAGAGACACCGUACCGCGACUGGCCUGGACCUAGUGCAGGGGAGUGCCAGGUUGUCUACGACAUCCUUGUUCAGGAAUAUCAAAAGAGAGAGCAGAGUGAAGAGCCUGCGAAGCGCAAAGCACUUAGCUUUAUCCAACCAGCCACAAUACCGCCAGCUUCUGCCAAUAUCGCUGGGUGUGGAGAAGUGCCAUGCUUGGUUGAUGCCAUGAUGAGAACAAUCAUCAGCCAGUCGGUCACCCGAGAAAGCGCCGACAAGGUGAUAGAAAAUAUCAUCAAACUGAUUGGUAUGCUUGACAAGAAAGGACCUGGCCCAGAGAGUAUCAAUUGGAAUGCUCUGCGAAAGGCCCCGAAAGAUGCAGUGCUGGAGGCUUUUCGACCAGGUGGACUUGGUCCCACAAAAUAUAAUGCCAUCAAGACGUGCCUCAGCAUGAUUCGCAAAGAUAACAAGAAAAGGGCAAAGAUGUACCUCAAGGAGAAAGACACGAAAGAUCCCAGCAAUUCGCCUGGGACAGCGAGAUUGAGCCCAGAACAAAGGGAACACCAGCUGAGCAAGAUUAAAGCGGGCAUACUAACACUGGAUCACAUCCGAAUCAUGAAGCCACAUGAUGCAAUGCUGGAACUCGUCAAAUACCCCCAGGUCGCAGUCAAGACUGCUUCUUGUCUUCUACUAUUCAAUUUGCAGAUGCCCAGCUUUGCGGUGGACACCCAUGUACAUCGGAUGACAAGAUGGCUGGGAUGGGCCCCCAUGAAAGCAAGCCCAAACGACACAUACAUGCACUGCGACUUUCGAGUACCCGACCACCUCAAGUAUGGACUCCAUCAGUUGUUCAUUGAGCACGGUGGAAAUUGCUACCGUUGCCAAGGGUCGACAGUGGAAGGUACUACGAAGUGGAAUAGUACUGUCUGUCCACUUGAGCACCUCCUGGCUCGUGACAAGAAACAGACUCAGGCGAAGGUAAAGAACAAGAGUGUGAGAGAGUCGGGCACACUCGAUAAGUGGGUAAAAUCCACCAAGCCUCAAGCUGGUGUAUCAGGGGCCGAUUAG